AUGGCCGGUGAUAUGCCCUGGCCUGAGGUGGCCAUUGGCAACAAGAACCAUGCCAACGCAGCUGUCGUCAUCAUCGGUGCUGGUAUCUCUGGCAUGUGCACUGCCAUCGACUUGAUCAAACGUAACAACUGCCGCAACUUCAUCAUCUUGGAGAAGAGUGCAGGUGUAGGCGGCACAUGCUACAGCUUUGCUCAGAAUAGUGACUGGACCCGAGAGUACCCAGGCCAAGAAGAGAUCUUAUCGUAUCUCACUCGAGUCGCUCAAGAGUACAAGCUGUAUCAGCACGUGCGCUUUAACACGACGGUGGAUGAGGCUAGGUGGGAUGAUGAGCUCCAGAAAUGGAGGACGAAGGUCUCCACCGCGCCCGGCAGUAAGGAGGCAGAGUUCAAUCCAAAUUAUGAGAUCAAGAGUGACUUUCUCGUUUCUGCUGUGGGCCAACUCAACCAGCCGGCGUACCCCAAGAUCGAUGGGCUGGACAACUUCGACGGGAAGAAGAUGCAUAGUGCGAGGUGGGAUUGGAGCUAUGACUUGAAGGACAAGAAGAUCGCACUCAUCGGCAAUGGCUGCACGGCCGUCCAGAUCCUACCGGAAAUAGCCAAGGAUGCAAAGCAUGUCACAGUCUUCCAGAGAACUCCAAACUGGGUCGUUCCUCGCGCCGACCAGCCAAUCACUCCACUGAUGCGAAAUAUGCUUCGAUACGUUCCACCUCUUCGUUGGCGCAAGCGUGCCGUUCAGAUGGACUUUCGUGAGUGGACUUACGGCGCCAUAGUUGACCCAAGCUCGGAGCCUGCAAAGCAGUUCAAGGAGUUGGCACUCGACAUGUUACACCGGCAACUACCAGAUCAGCCUGAGAUGUGGGAAAAGCUCACACCGACGUACACGCUCGGCUGCAAGCGCAUCAUCAUCUCCGACGACUACUACCCAGCAAUUAACCAAGACAACGUGUCGCUAGAGGUAAGACCCAUCGCCAGUGUAAGCGGCAAGAACGUCAAGGUCAAGACUGAUAUUGGCGAUGCCGUCGACACCGACACCGACUACGACCUCCUGGUCUGCGCGACCGGCUUCAGGACGUUGGAAUUUAUGCAUCCCAUCAAGAUCUACGGCAAAGGUGGUCGCUCACUCCACGACAUCUGGAAAGAUGGCGCCCACGGCUACAACGGCACUUGCGUGACCGACCUUCCCAACUUUGGUAUGCUCUACGGACCGAAUACGAACUUAGGCCACAACAGCAUCAUUCUCAUGAUCGAAGCUCAGAGCAAGUAUAUCAACGGUCUGAUCAAGCCGGUGCUAGAAGCACGCAAACAAGGCAAAUCGCUCAGCCUACGGCCAAAGGACGAGAAGGUCAAGGCGUACAACGAGAGGGUUCAAGAAGUGCUCAAGAAUUCAAGCUUCAACGACUCGACGUGCAAUUCUUGGUACAAGAAUGAGCAAGGUAUGAUUACUAACAACUGGAGCGGCACUGUGGUCGAGUACCAGGAGAUCUUGAGCAAGGUCGAUUAUGAGGACUACAUUGCUGAAGGUUCGGGCAAGACUAUUGUGGAGCGCCAGAAGUCCUUGAAGAUCGGUAGAGUGGUUGAGGAGACACAGAUGAGUGAUAGGACGUUGUUGGCUCUGGGACUGGUGAGCACGGCGGCUGUGGUCGGCGGGUUUCUGUUACGUAACUCAAAGCAUUUGACUCCCUAUCUGAACUCGAUCAAGCUGAGGUAG